AUGACUCAUCUGCAGAGCCCCUCAGUUCUCAUCGUCGGCGCCGGCUCAGUGGGGCUCGUCACGGGCUACUACUUUAGCCUUGCCGGCGCCCAGGUCACGUACCUUGUUCGCCCAAAGCGUGCCGAGACGCUUAACCGACCUCAGUUCCUAUACUCGUUUGACAAGAAUCAUCUCCAUGAAUUCACAAGUUACUCUUAUUUGACGAGCCCAUCCUCGAUACUCGCCGCAACCUACGAUUACAUUCUUAUCACGCUGGACGGAAAGUCCGUGCAAAGCGAGGAGGGUGAAACCCUUGUCAAGAUAAUUGGCCAGGUCACCAGCGGUGGCCUGGGUUUCCCAGCAUAUUCUGGCAAGACCACGAGCCUCCCAGUCUACCCGCCGGCUGAUGUUGAAUUGGUAAAGAAGUCCGAUGUGGCAUACAUAGAUAACAUCGGCAAUGGUUUCAUCCUGGAUGAUUACGUUCCCUCGAUUUCGAGCAGCUUUUCGGAGCUUUAUAAUUCUUGCGGAGUCUCCAAUUGCGUUGUAUGGUCGCCGGCACAGUCCGCUCUAACCAUAUUUCCCCUAUUUGCCAUUUUUAUCGGGCUUGAAGUUCUGGGUUGGCCCAAGACCGAAGACAUCGGUACUGAAUCGGAAGUGUGGAGGUUGACGACAGCGGCAGCAAAGGAGAUCCAGACGCUUGAUAUAUGCGGAGAGGCAGGGACUCAGGCGGCCCUCUCUACGACGGAGAAUACGUUCGUCCAGAUGUCUGCAUAUCUCGACGAGAAGCUUCGCCCUCUGGAUUACCACGCUUUUAACCGAUAUCAUCAUGGAGGAAAGGUUAUAGAGCAGGAUCGUAUGCACAUUGAGCGGUGUAUCUCACAGGGAGUUGCUGAAGGGAAGCCAAUGCCUGCGCUCAAACAUCUACUACAGCGUAUCAGCCAACGAGACUCAUCUUAUUUUUAG